ACUUUCAUAUUACACAUUUAUCAUGCAUAUCACUAUACUCGAUUACCCUUCCCGAUUCGAAUGCGACUCCGACCCAUCGAACCCAGCUACGUGACGACAUUCGCAGCACAGAUCAUAAGGUUUAUAAUCCCCACUUUCUAUUCGCUCGUUCGUCAGAUCAUGUUCCACAUGACCCGUACCACCCCGACUGA